UAUUCUAUCAUGAGACAACACUGAACACCGAAUAAUAUAUAAAGUUUGCAUAGAAUCUAAACACUUUUUCGCUCUCGUCCUCUCCGCAGAAAGCAUCCAAAAGGCCAAAUACAGAGGUGAUGCAGAGGUACAUGAUUUUCAUUUGAAGGAGAGGCAGAGUACGAGAAAGUAUUGGGCUUGUAGAGGGUUACACGGGGUAUCAUUAACAAUGGUUUUCAAGCCAUUGGAUUGGUACUGCCAACCAGUGGCAAACGGUGUGUGGUCAAAGGCUGUCGAAAAUGCCUUUGGUGCUUAUACCCCAUGCGGAACAAACACUCUGGUUAUCUCUGUUUGUCAUCUAGUCCUUUUAGCCUUGUGCUUAUACCGACUAUGGAAAAUGACAAAAGACCUCUCAGUCCAAAGGUUCCGCUUGAGGUCAAAUUACUAUAACUACAUGCUGGGUCUGUUAGCUGCUUAUUGCACUGCUGAACCUUUGUUUAGAUUGGUCAUGGGAAUGUCAGCCUUGAAUGUAGAUGGACAACCUGGUCUUGCCCCAUAUGAGAUAAUUUCUUUGACUAUCGAGGCUCUUGCUUGGUGCUCUAUGCUGGUGAUGAUUGUUCUCGAGACGAAGGUAUAUAUCCGUGAGGCCAGGUGGUCUGUUCGGUUUGGAGUAAUAUACAGUUUGGUAGGGGACGUGGUGAUNUUAGAUUCUGAUAUGAACAGAUAUACUCACCCGUUUGAACAAUCUCAUUCACAUCUUUCUCUUUUCUUGCUAAUCAAAGCUGUUAUCUUUAUCUGCAGAUCAGUACUGUAUUUGUACAUCAGUGAGGUUGCUGUCCAGGUAUUGUUUGGAUUGUUGCUGCUGUUUUAUAUUCCUAAUAUGGAUCCUUAUCCCGGCUACUCCCCACUUCGAAGUGAAUCUUUUGAUGACACUGCAUAUGAAGAACUUCCUGGAGCAGAGCAGAUUUGUCCGGAGAGGCAUGUCAACAUAUUUGCAAAAAUUACUUUUUCAUGGAUGAAUCCUCUUAUGCAACUUGGUUAUAAAAGACCAUUAACAGAAAAGGAUGUGUGGAAACUGGAUACUUGGGAUCGCACUGAAACUCUGAACAACUCGUUUCAAAAGAGUUGGGCAGAGGAGGCUCAAAGACCUAAACCAUGGCUUUUAAGAGCUUUAAACCGUAGUCUUGGUGGAAGGUUUUGGUGGGGAGGCUUCUGGAAGAUUGGAAAUGAUGCUUCCCAGUUCAUUGGACCACUUAUUCUAAACCAACUCUUACAGUCUAUGCAACGAGGUGAUCCAGCAUGGAUAGGCUACAUCUAUGCAUUCACGAUUUUUGUUGGAGUGGUGUUUGGAGUUCUGUGUGAAGCUCAGUAUUUUCAGAAUGUCAUGCGUGUUGGAUUUCGCCUCAGAUCUACUUUGGUUGCAGCAGUUUUCCGGAAGUCUUUGAGGUUAACCCAUGAAAGUCGUAAAAAGUUUGCAUCAGGAAAGAUAACCAAUUUGAUGACAACAGAUUCGGAAGCACUUCAGCAAAUAUGUCAGUCACUUCAUACUAUUUGGUCAGCUCCUCUUCGAAUUACCGUUGCAUUGGUUCUUCUUUACCAGCAAUUGGGGGUAGCAGCACUUCUUGGUGCACUUAUGUUGGUUCUUAUGUUUCCAGUACAGACAUAUGUUAUAAGCAAGAUGCAGAAACUGACAAAAGAAGGAUUACAGCGAACAGACAAGAGAAUUGGUCUCAUGAAUGAAGUAUUGGCUGCGAUGGACACAGUAAAAUCUUAUGCAUGGGAGAAUAGUUUCCAAUCUAAGGUUCAGGGUGUUCGGAAUGACGAGCUGACUUGGUAUAGGAAAGCACAAUUACUAGCAGCGUUGAAUAGCUUCAUUCUGAACAGUAUUCCUGUUGUGGUGAUUGUCAUCUCAUUUGGGGUAUUCUCGUUACUUGGAGGAGAUCUAACACCAGCAAGGGCAUUUACAUCUUUAUCCUUGUUCGCGGUGUUGCGUUUUCCGCUUUUCAUGCUUCCUAAUAUAAUAACACAGGUUGUUAACGCAAACGUAUCGUUGAAACGUCUAGAAGAGCUUCUCUUAGCAGAAGAAAGAAUACUUCUACCCAAUCCACCUCUUGAGCCUGGACUUCCAGCCAUUUCAAUCAAGAAUGGAUGCUUUUCAUGGGAAUCAAAGGUAGAGAAACCAACAUUGUCAAAUAUCAACUUGGAUAUCCCAAUUGGUAGUUUAGUAGCUGUUGUAGGGGGCACUGGAGAAGGAAAGACAUCGCUAAUCUCAGCAAUGCUUGGAGAGGUUCCUUCCGUUUCGGAUUCAAUGGUUGUCAUAAGGGGAACAGUUGCUUAUGUACCGCAAGUUUCAUGGAUUUUUAAUGCAACAGUACGUGAAAAUAUACUGUUUGGUUCUGCAUUUGAUGCUGCAAGGUAUGAUAGGGCCAUCGAUGUGACCGCAUUACGGCAUGACCUUGAAUUGCUUCCGGGUGGUGAUCUCACUGAAAUUGGUGAACGGGGUGUGAAUAUUAGUGGAGGGCAGAAGCAACGAGUAUCCAUGGCUCGGGCUGUUUAUUCCAGUUCAGAUGUUUGCAUAUUUGACGACCCAUUAAGUGCUUUGGAUGCUGAUGUAGGCCGCCAGGUUUUUGAAAGGUGCAUCAAGGGAGAACUGAAAGGAAAGACCAGAGUUUUAGUCACAAACCAGCUACACUUCCUGUCACAAGUAGACAGAAUCAUACUGGUGCAUGAUGGUAUGGUUAAAGAGGAAGGAACCUUUGAAUAUCUCUCAAAUAAUGGGGUACUAUUUCAGAAGCUGAUGGAAAAUGCGGGGAAAAUGGAAGAGUAUACAGAAGAAAAGGAAAACAAUGACAAUGACAAUGACAAUGACAAUGACAAUGACAAAUCUUCAAAACCUGUUGCUAAUGGUGAGACCAAUGGGGUAUCUAAGAAAGUUGGAAAAGAUAGUAAGAAAGGAGGAAAAUCUGUUCUUAUUAAGCAGGAGGAACGGGAAACUGGUGUAGUGAGCUGGAAAGUUUUGACGAGGUAAGAUUAAUACAAUGAUCUG